AUGUUCUCCUUAUCGCGUCGGUGGGCGAGUGGAAGGUCUAUCGAGUUUGGCGGAAACGCGCGGCAGCUCAUGCUAGCCGGUAUUGAGCGCAUUGCUACUGCUGUUGGAGUGACGCUCGGCCCCAAGGGCCGGAACGUGAUCAUCCGGCAACCGGAUGGGGAGCCGAAGAUUACCAAGGAUGGCGUCACAGUAGCCCGAUCGAUUGAGUUCCACAACCAGUUUGAGGACGUCGGAGCGAAGCUGAUCCGCCAGGUGGCCAACAAAACCAACGAUGUGGCGGGUGACGGUACGACGACGGCGACCAUUCUUGCCUGGAGCAUCUUCGCCGAGGGCUACAAGAGUGUCACAACUGGAGCAAACCCGAUGGACCUCAAGCGUGGCAUCGACGCGGCUGUUGCCAUUAUCCUCGAUGACCUAGCAGAGCAGACCCGCCCGCUCAAAGACCUCGCCAUGCUUGAGAACGUAGCGACGAUCAGCGCGAACGGGGAACGACCCCUUGGCAUUCUCAUUGCACAGGCGGUCAAGGCGGUAGGUGUUAGCGGCUUCAUUUCUGUAGUGGAUGGCAACACGACGACGACGGAAUGGUCAAAGCAAGAUGGAUGGUGCAUCGAGCACGGGUUUGUUUCCGGUGCCCUCAUGACCGACAGUACCAACCUGCGCAGCAGGUUGGACAACCCACUAGUCUUUGUCACUGCACAGCCGCUGGAGGCGGUGCAGGAUGUGGUGCGGCUGCUGGAGGGAGCGCGGGCGCAGCGUCGACCGCUGGUGUUGAUUGGUCCCUCGUUUGGCAAGUCGGUGAUGCAAACCGUUAUCCUGAACCACGAGAGCGGGGUUGUUCAGUGCGGCGUGGUGCGUGUGCCAGAGUCGAAAGAGGACGAGUUGCACGAUGUCGCCCUCUCCUGCCAGUGCAACGUGGAGAAGGUCAGCUUCGUCAGCUACGUGGACGACGUGAAGUGCCUGCUGGGAUCCGCGAAGUACAUGGAGCAGACCAUGGACAACACUGUCGUGUGCGGCACUGGUGACACGACAGCAGGUGUCCGGCUAUUGCAGAGUCAGCUGGAGCGUCUCAUGACCGAGGAGAGUCGCGAGGCCAUGCGGGAGCGUAUUUCGAAGCUCAACAACACCUACGCUGUCAUCCGUGUCGGUGGCCGCUCUGCGAUCGAGGUGAACGAGUCGAAGGAUCGAGUGGUGGACGCGCUGAAUGCAUCUCGCAACGCGCUUGUCGAGGGCAUCGUGGCUGGCGGUGGCGCCGCCCUUCUACAUGCCUCAAAGAAACUCGAUGAGUUGUUGCUCCAUGACGAGGAGAUGGGGCAGGACCGUCGCACCGGCAUUCAAAUUGUGCGCAAUGCUAUUCGCCUUCCUCUCAAGAAGAUCAGUGAAAACGCAGGCGAGGAAGGCGCAGUGACGGUAGAGAACGUGGCUGAGUAUCAAGAGACGACCAUGGGAUACGAUGCACAGAAUAACAAGUACGUGGACAUGUUCGAGGCUGGGAUUGUCGACCCGGUCCGCGUAGUGCGAUCCUGCGUCGUCGAUGCCGCCUCAGUUGCUGGACUGAUGAUUACGACAGAGGCGAGCGUCUGUGAUUACCGUUCGAUCCCCGACAAGCAUCGCAAGGGAUAG